AUGUCGAUAUCAUCAUUUUUCAUAAUCAGUAAAUCAGGCGGAAUGAUUUACAAAUUUUUGAAACAGGAUGAAAAGAACAUGAAAAAGCGCGUAAUGUCCAAGAGUAGUCCAAACAGAAAUGAUAAAACAACAAAGGACGGACCUAACAUGGAUGAGAAUGAUGGUGUGAAUGCAAUAAAUACCGCCAAUGAUGCAAACUGCGUUUAUAAGACCGAUGGGAACAAGGACGGGCAAGGAGCUACGAGUAAUACGGUGAAUUCUAGUGGCCACACAGAGCGUAUCGGCAGUCAGAUCGUGCUCGCCCAUCUGCAAACUACCAACCUUAACGAUCUCCUGGUCCUUAACAGCACUCUGCACACGAUCCAUCAGAUGGCCACAACAAUCUACGGCCAAUCACAGAAGUUUUACAUAUAUUUGCACGGUCUCACUCUUUCUAUGUUUAGGACAAUGACAGGCUAUACCUUUGUAUUUAUAGGUGAUGAGAAGGCAGGUGAUAAACUGGUAGAUAGUGUUUACAGGGAGUUUAAUCUGUACGUGCUGAGGAAUCCGGCGUACAUGGAUGACAUGCCCAUCAAUUUAUGCACCUUUAAGCCUUACAAAUACUUUUGAGGUGUUGUGGCAUAAAAGUUGUAGGAAUGGGGCUUUGAGCUAGCGCAGAAUUACAAUAUGGAAUGAAGUUUUUGGUCUUUUUACAGCAAAAAAGUGUUUUAACGUGAUGUAUGAGUGAGCAUGUCACGAGCAGUUCGUAUA